GGGCGCCCAAUAGCGGCGCGUAAACUGAAACUUGUUGUCACAGGCUAGCAGCUAAAGGCGAACAGCUAGUCUUGUUUUCUUUAUCUCUCGCUCUAAAAGCAAACCCUGGCUUCUCAAGGAGUACCGUGUCAGUUGUGACAAACACUUUGGAAGUUGUCGCGACAUACCGCGUUGUCCCUAAACCACGAAAGAUGAUUUCUGCACUGCCUGAUCCGACUCUUGAGCGUAAUUUUAAGGGUCACAAGGAUGCUGUGACAAGUGUGGACUUCAGCAGCAACUUGAAACAAAUUGCCACAAGCUCUGCGGACUGCAGCGUGAUGAUCUGGAAUAUGAAACCUCAGAGGCGUGCAUAUCGGUUUGACGGACAUGAAGACUCCGUCACCUCCAUCCAGUUUUCUCCCUCAGGACAUCUGGUGGCCUCCUGCUCAAAAGACAAGACUGUGCGCCUUUGGGUUCCCAACAUGAAGGCUCAGUCAACCGUUUUCAAGGCUCACACGGCCACGGUGCGUAGUGUGAAUUUUUCCGCGGACGGCCAGAAUCUGGUCACAGCGUCCGAUGACAAGACGGUCAAGGUGUGGGGAGUCCACCGACAAAAGUUCCUCUUCUCCCUCAGCCAGCAUAUCAACUGGGUCCGCUGUGCAAGGUUUUCUCCAGAUAGCCGCUUGGUUAUUUCUUCAAGUGAUGACAAAACCAUUAAACUGUGGGACAAGAACAGCAGGGAAUGUAUUCACUCUUUCUGCGAACAUGCCGGUUAUGCAACCCACGUGGAUUUCCACCCCAGUGGAACGUGCAUCGCUGCAGCCUGCACUGACAAAUCAGUUAAGAUUUGGGACAUUCGAUCCCUUAAAAUGCUCCAGCAUUACCAAGUCCACAAUGGCGCGGUGAACAGUUUGUCUUUCCAUCCAUCUGGUAAUUUUCUCCUCACUGCAUCCAACGAUUCCACAACCAAGAUAUUGGACCUCGUGGAGGGAAAACUGUUGUUCACGCUGCACGGGCACCAGGGUCCAGUAAAUUGCGUGGCCUUUUCCAGAACAGGAGAGUACUUUUCUUCUGGAGGUUCCGACGAACAGGUGAUGGUGUGGAAGAGCAAUUUUGAUGAGACCAGUGACACAGCCAGUGACACAGCCAGGGUGCAGCAGUCCACCAGCCCCACCUACCAGGCCUCGGAACCAGCCCAAACAGCUGCCAAAAUAGGCCGUCCUCCCCGUGCAGCCAUACAUCCCAACACCCACAGGAGUUUGAGCACCAGUUCCACCUCCACCCAGCCAAAGGUCCACGGCGUGGAGCCAAAGGUCCACUACCCGGCUCAGCCCUCGCCUCAAGUGUCCCUUGUCUUGGAAGAAAGCGCGCCCCCUGGCCUAACCACCACGCUUGAACACAUUAUGGGUCAACUGGAUAUUCUCACGCAGACGGUGUCCAUCUUGGAACAGCGGCUGACGCUGACAGAAGACAAGCUGAAGGAGUGUUUACAGAACCAGGUGGCGUCUCACGCGCAAACCUUUCCAGACGAGGCGAGCUGGACGUCGGCCGCCCCGUACUGAGCCUCGGCGUUUGCCGAUCCAACUCGUCCUCGCGGAGACGCUUGAGACGCGGCAGAGACAAAUGUUGCAGAGGUGGUUGCUUGCAACAGUGCUGAGAGAGCGUCUCUUUUCUGCUGAUGAAGCGUGUUUGCAGUAGGCGACAUUUUCCCACUUGCCUGUGCGCGGCACGUCUGUCUUUUAGCUGUGUGUUUUGGGCAAACUUGCACAGAAUGGCAAAUGCAAGCUGCACUUAAUCAUCGAAACGCAAACAUCAAAGUUGCUGCUUCAUUCACUUAAAAAAAAAAUAGUGGUGGUCUCAUCUCGUCUUUCAAAAGUAACCUAUUAUAGGAAGACCGAUUCUGUGUCACUCCACAUCGUUGGGUGCUUAUGUCCCAGGGCGCUACGCCAUUUAUUAGUCCCGUAUGGCAUUUCGCCAUCAAAGUUGCAUUCUUUUCAGAAUUUGAAAGUUUUCAGGUUUUUUAAUACAAUGUCUGUGACCUACUUUUGUCAACCCCAACCCUGGUCCUGUCUGACUUUAGGCCUACACCCCGUCCUAUAUCCUGAAGGCUCAUGGCGAGUCCAGAUUUUGUUUCCGUGACAACUUACGAGAGCAGACUCCCAUAAAGACAACUCAUUAUUUUUUAUUCGGAGAGGUAGCCUUUCAUACACUACACUGUGUGUGUGCAACUAAUGGUACUGCAUAUGAGCCAUUGAUCCCAAACAUAUUUUGUUGGCUCAUAUGAAAUAGUUUUGUAUGUCUUCUUUAAGUGAAAGUUAAUCUUGAGGUGCUUUUUGUAUAUGUGUAUUUGCUGUCUAUACUUUGAAGACAUCGUGGAUUUUACUGUUGUCGGCAACCAUCUUGUUUUUUUUUUUUUGUUUUGUUU